AUGAUCCAGGCUGUGCUGCUCCUUUGCUGUGUCUUGCUGUCCCAAGGGGCUGCCUUUCCAAGAAAUGCCCAGGAAGGGACCCUGAACUUCCAGACAUCUUUCACAGAAACUGGGCAUCCUCUGAACGUGCUCUCCAACCAGAUCCCUCUCCCAGAUCCCCAUACUUGCCAGGAUCUCUUGCACACAGUCCCCUCCUUAGCCCCUCUCUCUGAGUACCUAUCCAACUUAGCUCUGGAGGCGGCCCUGGCGGAGGUUGGUUGCACAACCAAGGCCCACAUUCUGCAGCUUCAGCUUGUUAAGAUGGGAGGAAAGGAUACCACUGAAACCCUCAUCCAUGAGAGCAAAAAGCACAAUAAGGAAGAAGGGAUUGGCAAUGCUAAGGUCAUUCUGAAGGAUCUGGGAGGAUCCUUAGGGGAGCUUAGGCGGGUGCAGCGCUUAGUUACCCUUCCUGAGGCAUGUAGGCAGAAACAUAAGUGGGUGCUCUACGAGACAGCGCAACUGAUAGUUGAAUUUGCUGAGAAGCUCCCUUCCACUGAGCUGGUAACAGAGUUAAAGAUUUCUGUCAGUGUCACCCAGAAGUGCACGGAUAAAUCUUGGGAGCAUUUGGAAAGAGUAGGCAAACGGCUGAUGGAAAGCCCUGAGAUUAAAGACUUCACAAUGCCUAUGGAAGAUCAGAUAUACUUUGUCAAGCAUUCCACAACCAUUCUAAUGUGCCUUAUACUGGGACUAAUACAGAAACAUUUCCAGACAUUUUUUGGAUAG